AUGAAGUCUUCACUUGGUGCUUGGGCAUUCUUAGUCUUGUUCUUUGUCCAAUGGGUUUCUGCUGAACUCGUCUUCUUUUCUAUCUCUCUCACCUGGGCUCAAAAGAAAGUUGCAGGUUUUACCAGGGAUGUAAUAUUGGUUAAUAACCAAUAUCCAGGUCCUCCAUUGCGUCUAGUGCAAGGGGAUGAAGUCAUUUUUGAUGUUCACAAUGAAUGUCCCUUUAAUGUCACCGUGCACUUCCACGGCAUCGAACAAAAGAACACGCCUUGGUUGGAUGGUGUCCCUGGUGUGAGUCAGCGACCAAUAGACGAAGGUGACUCCUUUCGGUAUCAAUGGACCGCAGAUCAGUAUGGUGCAUACUUUUACCAUGCGCACCAUCGCGGCCAGUUUGAAGAUGGUCUUUAUGGGUCUAUUUAUAUCGAACCUUCGAACUCCGAAGAGAGACCUUUCACUAUGAUCACGACUAAUGCAUCUCAGCUGCAGGCCAUGCUUGUUGCUGAAGAAAAUACCUCCCCAGUACUUGUCUCGGAUUGGCGCCUUUUGACGUCAGAACAGAUUUGGGCAGCCGAGGAAGCGUCUGGCGUUGAUGCAUACUGUGCGAACGCGCUUUUGAUCAACGGAAAAGGCUCCGUGUCCUGCUUUACGGCUGCGGAACUGGCUGCUUUAACUACUGCGGACCAGAAAGCCGUUUUGGGUAACGAGACACUGACAGACAUUGGAUGUUUCCCGCCAAAUAACGUUGGCACACAAGGUAAUUUCACACAUGAUGGCAGCAAGUUGUUACCGACAAUUUUCUAUGGCUGCACACCUUCCAACAGCGCCCAUGAAGUCCUGACCGUCAAUUCGAACAAACAGUACGUCAGCUGGGACUUGACCAGCACAGCUGGACUCUUACAUCUAAUGUUCUCCGUGGAUGAACACGAUAUGUGGGUAUAUGCCGUGGACGGCCGCUACAUCCAGCCCGUUCGCGUAAACGCCAUCAACAUCCCUAAUGCAACUCGCUACUCAAUUUUAAUUCCCCUAAACAAGACACCGGGUAACUACACAAUCCGCAUGGUCAGCGGCACUGCACAGCAAAUCAUCAAUACGACCGCCACAAUGCAAUACGAUGGCCGAUCCCAACUCAAUCGAUCCUCCACCCCAUGGAUAACAGUGACAGCCCAGAACGCUACAGCUAAUACGAUCUUUUUCAACGACUCAACUCUUAUCCCGUUCCCCGUUAUCACGCCCGCUUAUACAGCUGAUGAAACCUUCUUCCUGCAUAUCGAUCACUUCAACGCAUCGUAUCUCUGGACAUUGGGAAAUAGUAGUUAUAAUCUCGAACUCGAAGAGUCUCAGCCUCUCCUUUUUAACCAAACCGCUAUACCAAGUGACCUGAUCAUUAGGACAAAGAAUGGAUCUUGGGUCGAUCUUAUUAUCCAAGUUGGUCAGCCGCUUCAACCAGCUCAUCCGAUCCACAAACACUCGAAUAAACAUUUUGUCAUCGGUCAGGGUAGUGGCAACUUUACUUGGGAUUCUGUCGCGGAGGCUAUACUGGAUAUUCCGGGUUCAUUUAAUUUGGUUAAUCCGCCUCUCAGGGAUACGUCAGCUACACCUGUUGCGGUUACAGAGUCUAUGUGGAUGGUGUUUCGGUAUCAGGUUGUGAAUCCCGGAGCGUUUUUGAUGCAUUGUCAUAUCCAGCUUCAUCAGAGUGGGGGGAUGUCGUUGGCUAUUUUGGACGGGGUUGAUGCUUGGCCGACUAUACCGACUGCUUACUUGGAUGAUUCGGGGUUUUGA